AUGGGCCUCUCGGGGGCGGCCUUCCCGCUGGCGGCGCUCCUGCUGGGUGAGUGCGGGGGGGGGGGGGGGCUCCUCUCCCCGACGUGGCCGGGCUCCGGCGGGCGCUUGGCUGGCGCGCUCUCUCUCUCGGCCGCCGCCGCCGCCGCCGCCUCCACAAGUGCCGCUCGACGCCGGCUCUGCUGCCACCCCGGCGCUCUCGCGCAGCCGGAGGGAGGGAGGGAGGCCGGCCGGCUCUCGGUGCCGCCGCCGCCGCCGCUGACCGACCCCUUGCCUGUCGCGUCCGCAGCCGCCGCCGGAGCGGGCUCGUUGGAGGUGCGGGCGGCGCCCGAAGUGCGGGCCUUCGUGGGCGAGGCGGUGGUGCUGCGCUGCUGGUUCCGCUCCUCCGCGCCCGUCACCGAGAAGCUGACCGUCGACUGGACCUACCGGCCGCUGGCAGGAGGGGCGCUGGAGCCGAUCUUCCAUUACCAGGCGGGGGCCUACCCGGCCCGGGAGGGCACCUUCCGCGACAGAAUCUCGUGGGCGGGAGAUGUGGCCCAGCACGACGCCUCCAUCGCCAUCGCCAGCCCCACCCUGGAGGACAACGGCACCUUCACCUGCUCCGUGAAGAACCCCCCCGACGUCCAGCACACCCUCCCCCACACCCUGCUGACCGUCACCCGGCGAGGCGCCUCCUUCCAGCUGACGGCGGCCGGGUUGCUCUCGCUGCUGGUCUUCCUCCCCUCCGCUCUCGUGGCGGCUCUGCUGCUGGUCAGGAUGGGCCGGAAGUCCGGGGUGCUCCACGGCGGGAAGAAGGUGGUCUCCCCCCAGAAGUCCUCCAUCGAAGUGGCUGACGAACUGGAGCGACCGGGCUGUGUGGGGCGACUGGCCAGCAGGUGUCUGCAGUGCCUGGACACAGAUGAGGAAGACCCUUACUGACUGACGGACGGACAGAUGAAGACGGCCUUUGAAGCUGACCUCUGCCAGUCCCUAUCAAGGGGGGAAGUCCAGCCCUGGACUUCUUUACAUAGGCGAAAAGCAACGGUGUUGCUGGACAAUUUUAGAAAUCUGACCUGGGGGAAAUAAUAGGGAUUCUGCUGCUUCUUCCUCCUUCUUUGUCCAUUCCUCUUUGACAUCUUGCUCUGCAUUCCCAGACUGAGCUCUCCCCACCCAUUGGGCCGGCAGCCUUUGGACAAGCGCUCUUCUGCGCCAAGGCUGGGGCUAGAGCCGUGCCUCCGUGGGCUGCGUGGGUCCCCAUGUGGCUUGUGAGAGCAGCCCGUGGUCACUCAGUCCUCCUUUUCCCAUCUUGGCUGCUGGGCUUGGCAAGGUCCGAGGGCUUCGUGGGGCCAGCUUGUCCGGGGGGGGGAUGGGCUUCUGGUGAGGGUGGGGUCAGUGGAGCUGCAGGCUUCCGUUCACCUGCGAGGAGAGGAGGCCAGAGCUGGCUCAGAGAGGGCUCCUGCAGUGGCCCAGAGAGAUGGCUGCAGAUGGGAGAGGAGAGGAGCCACUUCCCCUUCCUGGCUGCUGGUUUGUAGGGAAGACAGCUUUCCUUCCCCAUUGUCCCAACGGGCCACAGCUGGGCUUGCCCAUUCUUGUAGACGCUGCUUGGUUGCAUGAGAAGCUGCACAUUGUUGCCUGAGCUCAGAGCCUGGAAGGAGGGGGGGGGGGCUGGGAAGCAUCUCCUCUGCUGCCACAGAUGAGGGUGGGGUAGAGCUGCCAGAGGAGCACCGUCUUUCUUGGGACCAAUAAACACCUUCAUACCA